UGAAAGCAUCACGGCAGGCUGGCGGUGUCGGAGGUUUGUCCGACUCAACACUCGAGGAGGGGGGGCACUGUUGUCAUCUGCUUGGGCUGUGUGUCGAGCUUUUGUCCAUGAGAGAUGGCCGGGAUUAAAGCUCUCAUCAGCCUUUCUUUUGGAGGGGCCGUUGGCCUUAUGUUUCUCAUGCUAGGAUGUGCCCUCCCUGUGUAUGAUACAUACUGGCCUUUGUUCCUCCUCUUCUUCUACAUCCUCUCUCCAAUCCCGUACUGCAUCUCGCGGAGGGUGGUUGAUGACACAGACUCGGCCAGUAACGCCUGCAAAGAGCUGGCCAUCUUCCUCACAACGGGCAUCGUCAUUUCAGCUUUUGGUCUGCCCAUUGUCUUCGCAAGAGCUGAUGUAAUUGCCUGGGGGGCAUGUGCGCUUGUGCUAACGGGGAACAUAGUCAUCUUCGGGACCAUCCUGGGUUUCUUCCUGGUCUUCGGAUCCAACGAUGACUUCAGUUGGCAGCAGUGGUAAACAGCAGCGGCAGAGGGACCUUAGUCUGAACUGUUUUUAUUAGCGUUACAAUUAAUAUUGGUAUUACUGUUUUGGUUCUUGUUGUUGUUAUUUAUAUGAUGACCGCCCAUUCAUAGACUCACUCCAAACCAGUGCAAUACUUUUUGUUCCUGCCUGCAUCAUACUGAACUGACAAAAGUUGGAUGGAAAAUGCUGACUUUGAUUUGGAGUUGUUCUCAUUUUAAGUUAUGCUGUCUGACUUGUGUGUCGUGUUUGUUUCUCCAUCCGUACGCCCGCUGUCACUUUGUAAUCGGCUGGUGAACAACGGCUUUUGUUAUCUGUGAAAUUGCAUUAAUCUGACCAAAAGGAGCAGGUCAUCGCUGCAUGACCUACUGCCUCCACUUGACAGAUCUCUUAAGAGUUUUCGAUACUAAGACUAGAGCACAUACCGGUGCGCUGAGUUGAAGGUAAAAAGGAGGAAAACUGAUGCUGAUGCUCAGAUUUAACUCAUCACAUGGAGGAAAACACUUAUUUAACGCGGGUUCUCAUUAAGCAAAAACACUGUUUAUUUUUUGUUUGUCGCAGUUAAAGGUGAUACUUGAGCUGUUAAAAAUGCAGAUUUAUAUCAGCUUAUAUUAGCACUUGUGAACUGUUGUCGCCACUACAACGCUCCACAUCUUUCAGUUCUGUUACAUGUGGUUAAUGUGGCUCAGUGACGUGCUAAUGCUUUAUCAUGUCUGUUCUGAUAAAGCAGUUUUCGUCUGAGCUGUGAGUUUGCUGCUUGUGAGUUUGUUUCCUCUCUCAAAGCUGCUGAAGAGACUUGGUUCGAACGCCCCCCCCCCCCCCCAAAACGCCACACAGAUCAAAUUUAACUGACUCGGUGAUGUCCCCGGUGCCAACCUGACAGAAGCUGCUUAUUCACCGGGUUUUGUUCUGCUUAUGAGGGCUCUUACCUCGAGGGCUGGGCUCACUGGAAAGGAUGUGUAUUAGAAUGAUCUGAUAUUGAUUAAUAAUCCAAUAUGCCAGGGUUGAUUACAGCUUCAGCUCUGUCGGUUCCCUCUGCACUAAGCACUGAUUGGACCUUGUGUGUGACGAUAAAUUAAAAAAAAAAAAAGUGAAUUUCAUACAUGGCUAUGUCAAUGUGGGGCAAGUUAUGAGCAUAAAAACAGGACAUAAUUUUCUAAUCAUUGUUGCCAAAUUAUUGACCUCUUUAGUGAGUAGCCAUAUAAUAAGUGGGAUAAACAAGUUAUUGCAAAAAAAAAAAAAAAAAAAUCAAAAUUAUUGCGAUUUCUUACUUCAAGCAAUAAUAUACUGCCGUAGAAAAAAUUAUUGGACCGCCUUUGUUUUCUUCAGUUUCUUGUUCAUUUUAAU